AUGGAUUCCUCCCAACCCAGUCUUCGGACACUUAUCCUGACUGCAGCGAAACACCUGUCCCUGGAAUGGCAGAAUGACAGGAUUCGAUUACGACUUCCUUCAGAUCCCCCGGUGGAUCGUUGUCACAGUGGCCCUUUUGCACGGGCUUUACGUAGAUACAUCCCAGAGAUCCAAGUUGAAGAGUGGGAUGCAGCCUGCAGCGACACUGGUCGUCAGCCCAUGGUCUACUCGAUGGAGAAAGGCUUGAUGUCGAAGUAUGUCCAUUGGGCUCGUUGCCUCGGGCUAGCUGAAGAAAAUCUGGCUUUACCUCCAUGGCUGACACCGCUGACAGCCCCAGAUGCCCUCAGCCGGGGCCCGGCUCAGCCAGGGGUCGAACCCAGUUUCUUUUCAGAACCGCAGGCGAGGAACCUCGCGGAAUAUCAAAAAAGGGCUAUCCGCUUUGGUGUUUCGAUCUCUGGCAAAGUGCUUCUUGCGGACGACCUGGGCCUGGGUAAAAGCAUCCAAGCUUUGGGUGUGGCCUGGCAGUACCGCGAGACUUUUCCCUUGUUGAUUCUGUGCCCCCCAGUGCAGCGGAACGUGUGGCAGCAAGAGAUUGCAAAGUGGACACCCAUCCCUGUUACGGAAGUGCAGGAAGUCUUGACAAAGACAACGGUACUUGAGACCACAGCUCGUGUGAUCAUUGUAUCUUAUGCAUUUUUGGAAAAGUUUGAAGAACUGCAAAGCUCGGCUGAGAUUGACUUCAAGGUGGUCAUUGCUGAUGAGUGCCAUUCGAUCAAACAUUUCGAUGCACACAAGUCAAAAGUUAUCCUACGGAUUGCGUCUUUGGCUCAGCGACUCAUCCUGAUAUCUUCUGACAAACUGGUGAAGAAGAGUGCAGCGGAGCUUCAUCCGCUGUUCCAAAGUUUGGAUCCGUAUCUUGGAACGCAGGAGACUUUCCUGCGAAGAUAUUUUGGUGGAAAACUAGGAAAGCUGGGGCGGCGAAUUGAUCCCCGGCGCGAGCAAGAGCUUGAGGCGUAUUUGUUCAAGGUCAUUGGGAUUCGUAGGAAGACAGCGGAAGUCUCAAGUGAGUUAUUGCCUCUUCGAAGGCAGAGGAUUUUCCUCCCGAAGUCUGGGUGUUCAUUGUCCAUGGGUGAACUGAAACAAAUGGAAACCGAAAUGUUUCAUCGGCAAAGGUUUGUUUCUGACUCCUCCGUGUCGAAACAGGCGCGUUUAUCCGAGAUGAAGCGUGUCUCACACCUGGUGAUGCAGACAAAGAGGCGGUCAUGUGUCGAGUAUGUCACUGAGACCACCAACAACGGCGGUAAAAUGUUGGUGUUUGCUUACCACAGGGAAAUGCUUGACUCUUUAGAGGCAGCCUUAAAAGAGACCCUUGGAGCUUCAGGAUAUGUGCGCAUUGAUCAGAAGACUCCGACUCAUGAGCGGGAGAACUUGGUGACCUGUUUCGAAGAAGACGAUGAGUGUCACACGGCACUGCUCUCCUUCACGGCCUUGUCCGAAGGGCAAAGCUUGCCACAUGUUGAGGCAAUUCUUUUCGCCGAGCUCGCUUGGGCACCCAGUAUCAUCCUGCAAUGUGAAGCUCGUGCCCACGGGAUCCAUGAGAUCCAGGGUCGAAAAGGAUCUAGUUCUAGUCAUUCUAUUCUCAUCCAAUACCUUUUGCUGGAAGAUUGCCAAUGGGACUCUCAUUGCUAUGAGCGCUUGGAAGAGAAGCUGCGGCAUGUCACGCUCGGCACCGGUGACGCUGCCGAAGAGCAUGAUGCGGCCAGUAUCUCCAGGUCCAUCGAGCCAUUGCCUCCAGCGGCACCCAGCUCUCAGAAACAGGAGAUCCAUGACAGCUUUCCCCUGACGGAGGCCACUCAGGAAGGGCUUCAACAUUUUGAUGAGAGACGAUCGGAUGAAGUGUAUCAAGUUGUUGAGCAUCUUCAUCUCGGCUUAAAUCUGAAAUUGCAGCAAUGCUAUACCAAAGAUUCCUUGGAGAAAAAGUGCAAAGGCAACGAGCAGAAAUUGCGAAGGCUUCACUACUUUAUGAAGGAAGCAAAAAAGCUCCACCCAGUAUCAGCAGCUUUCAAGCCAGGAGGUGGGGUUGGUGCAAGCGCGCAGAUGGUUCAUCCACCCAAGCGGCAAAAGCUCUCUGAAUGA